CACGUUUAUUGAAGCGCGUCAGGAUGAGCAUCCCUGUCUCUCUUCUACAGAAUCACCGGGAACGCGCGCUCCCGCGUGCGCUCACCUGAGGCGGAGGUGCGCGCGCGCGCUCAGGUGAUGCAACAGAACCCACGCGAGACACUCAACACACGGGCUCGCGACGGUGUUCCUGCGUCUUCAGGAGCAGCAGAUGACUGGAGAUGGAGCCUCGGUGCGCGUCUGAGGGAUUCGAGGGAGACGCGUCUGAAGAUCGUUCCUGAAUCCAGAACCCAGCAUGAGGAACGCGUGAGGAGCAGCAGGGAAUCCGCUUCAGCUCAUGAAUGGAUUUGUCUCGUGGAUUUGAGUGUUCUGGAGGAAUAUCUCUGUCUGAAGGAUCUGCGUUUGUUUGCGCUCGUUUAAACGCACCGGAGCGCAAUACUAUCUGACAGUUCGUUCGCUGAGAGACUCGUUCAGGAUCAUCUCGACACAUCAAACUUUAAUGACACAAAUCAAGGCGGGUCAAAAGCCAUGACAUCAGAGGAGGAGGGGCCUGCUGCGGUGGGGGCGGAGCCACAUGUGGACCUGUGUGCCUCUCCUGGGUGGGAUGGGCUUGUUGAAGAAGAGGCGGGGCCGGCGGAGCAGGUGCAGGAAGUGGCUGAUGAUGUCAGCAGUGAGUUAAGUGCUCUGGUCGUCCCGUAUCCAGAACUAGCGCCCAUCGUCUUCUUCUGCCUCAAACAGACCACAUUUCCUCGCAGCUGGUGCAUCCGCAUGGUGUCCAGCCCGUGGUUCGAGCGGGUCAGUAUGAUGGUGAUCCUGCUAAACUGUGUGACGCUGGGGAUGUACCAGCCCUGCGAGAACAUCGACUGCUCCUCCGAGCGCUGCCAGAUCCUGCAGGCCUUCGACGCGUUCAUCUACAUCUUCUUUGCGCUGGAGAUGGUGGUGAAGAUGGUGGCUCUGGGGAUCUUUGGCCGGCGCUGUUAUCUGGGCGACACCUGGAACAGACUGGACUUCUUCAUCGUGAUGGCCGGGGUGGUGGAGUAUUCACUAGACCUGCAGAACAUCAACCUGACGGCCAUCCGGACGGUGAGAGUCCUGCGACCGCUCAAAGCCAUCAACAGAGUCCCCAGCAUGAGGAUCCUGGUGAAUCUGCUGCUGGACACGUUGCCGAUGUUGGGGAACGUGCUGCUGCUGUGCUUCUUCGUCUUCUUCAUCUUUGGCAUCAUCGGUGUGCAGCUCUGGGCUGGACUUCUGCGCAACCGCUGCUAUCCGGAGGAGAACUUCACACUCUCAACAGGUGUAGCACUCCCUGCUCCAUACUACUCUCCCAAUGAGGAGGACGAGAGGCCCUUCAUCUGCUCUCUGCCGCAGGAUAACGGCAUCAUGUCGUGCAGUGACGUGCCGGCGCGGCGUGUGGCGGGACAUCAGUGCUGUCUGGACGUGGAUGAUCUCCUGCACCAUCAGGCGCUGGGCCUUGUGACCGAGCCCUUCCUCAAUGCCAGCGCCAUCGUCCCCGGGCUCUGUGUCAACUGGAACCGAUACUAUACCCGCUGCCACACCGGACACAGAAACCCACACAAAGGAGCCAUCAACUUUGACAACAUCGGAUAUGCCUGGAUUGUUAUAUUUCAGGUUAUUACUCUGGAGGGCUGGGUGGAAAUCAUGUAUUACGUCAUGGAUGCUCACUCAUUCUACAACUUCAUCUACUUUAUUCUGCUGAUUAUAGUUGGCUCGUUCUUCAUGAUAAACCUGUGUUUGGUCGUCAUAGCGACUCAGUUUUCGGAGACCAAACAGCGUGAGCAUCAGCUGAUGCAGGAGCAGCGAGCCGCCUGUCUGUCCUCCAGCACGCUGGCCUCGCUGGCCGAACCCGGCGACUGCUACGAGGAGAUCUUCCGGCUCGUCUGCCACGUCCUCCGUAAGGUGCGCCGACGCACCACUGCCUUCCUCAGGACGCUCUGCCACAAACCACCAGAGCAGACGCAUGAGAAAACAAACAUCAACGGAGGAGAGAAGAGCCUCCAACAACAUGGUGAGGAGGAGAGGGAGGGGAUUGGAUGGCAGAAUGAAUGGAUGGAUGGAUGCAGCUCUGAGCUCUUCUCUCACUGCACUACAGAUGGAGCCGCACCUUCCGCCUCAGCAGCCAAUCAGGAGACAGAGGAGGAUGCAGCCGAGGAAACGGACAGGUGCAAGAGGGUGGAGGGGGCGUGUCGGAGGCGGAGCCGAGAACUGUGGAUGGAGAUGAGGGUCAAACUGUGGGGCAUUGUGGAGAGCAAAUACUUCAACAGAGGAAUCAUGGUGGCCAUCCUCAUCAACACCAUCAGCAUGGGCAUAGAGCAUCAUGAGCAGCCGGAGGAGCUCACUAAUGUUCUGGAGAUCUGUAACAUCGUCUUCACCAGUAUGUUUGCUCUGGAGAUGAUCCUCAAGCUCACAGCAUUCGGCUGCUUUAAUUACCUGCGCAAUCCGUACAACAUCUUUGAUGGGAUCAUCGUGAUCAUCAGCGUGUGUGAGAUCGUGGGUCAGUCUGACGGCGGUCUCUCGGUGCUCCGUACCUUCCGCUUGCUGCGGGUCCUGAAGCUGGUCCGGUUCAUGCCGGCGCUGCGCAGACAGCUGGUGGUUCUGAUGAAGACCAUGGACAAUGUGGCCACAUUCUGUAUGCUGCUGAUGCUCUUCAUCUUCAUCUUCAGUAUUUUGGGAAUGCAUAUAUUCGGCUGCAAGUUCAGUCUGAAGACGGACACUGGAGACACGGUCCCGGACAGAAAGAACUUUGACUCUCUGCUAUGGGCAAUCGUCACUGUGUUUCAGAUCCUAACUCAGGAGGACUGGAAUGUGGUCCUGUAUAACGGCAUGGCCUCCACGUCUCCUCUGGUGGCUCUGUACUUCGUGGCUCUGAUGACGUUUGGGAACUACGUGCUGUUCAACCUGCUGGUGGCCAUUCUGGUGGAGGGAUUUCAGGCUGAGGGUGAUGCCAAUCGCUCGUACUCUGAUGAUGAUGAAGGAUCUUCCUCUAAUGGAAGUGAACAGCACAAAAACUCGCUCACGUUCUCUGAUCCCAAGCUGUCGUCUCUCACUCCUAAUGGGCAUCUGGAUCUUGCACCGCUGGCAGAGGAGAAGACCAGGACUGGCUUCUCUGAGGAAAACCACCGGAGCAGAACCAUCUGCCUGGGCAGGAGAUCCUCAUCUCUGCGCCACAGCCGCAGUUCACAUUACCACCACUGGGGGCGUGCUCCCCCUCAGCCGUCCUGGAGCCGGCGCUGUAGCUGGAACAGCGCGGGUCGCUCCGCCCGUGGCUUUAGGGCCGGAGGGGUCAUCGGGGGGAGCUUACGGGUCCGCAGUGUUCACUCAUACCCCGCCGAACACGAGUCUCUCCUGCCCCACCCGCCCUUCCUGUCACGCCGACACCGCCGCGCUCUCUCGCUUGAGCUGCCUGAGCUCCUGCAGCGCCCCCCGCUGGUCCGGAAGAAGAGCGUGUCUGCAGAACACCAGGACUGCAAUGGGAAGGGCCCGGGCCCUCAGGGGACGCUGCUGGGAGAGGUUUAUCCACAGCUCAACGCACGCAAAGACAAGAAUGACCUGGAGGAAGACACAGAAUAUAGCCUCUGCUUCCGUAUCCAGAAGAUGAUGGAGGUCUAUCGUCCAGACUGGUGUGAGAAGAGAGAGGAUUGGUCCAUUUACUUAUUCUCCCCUCAGAACAAGUUUCGUCUGCUGUGUCAGACGAUCAUCGCUCAUAAGCUCUUUGACUAUGUGGUUCUUGCUUUCAUCUUCCUCAACUGCAUCACAGUGGCUCUGGAGAGACCCAGAAUCCAUCAGGGCAGCCUGGAGCGAGUCUUCCUCACCAUCUCCAACUACGUUUUCACUGCCAUCUUUGUGGCCGAGAUGACCGUCAAGGUGGUUUCUAUGGGUCUGUAUUUGGGGGAUCGAGCGUAUCUGCGCAGCAGCUGGAACAUUCUGGAUGGGUUUCUCGUCUUAGUGUCUCUGAUUGAUAUUGUGGUGUCGAUGACGGGCGGAGCGAAGAUCCUGGGCGUCCUUCGGGUGCUCCGUCUGCUGAGAACAUUACGCCCGCUCAGGGUGAUCAGUCGAGCUCCAGGUCUAAAGCUGGUGGUGGAGACUCUGAUAACAUCGCUGAAGCCCAUCGGAAACAUCGUCCUCAUCUGCUGCGCUUUCUUCAUCAUCUUUGGCAUCCUAGGAGUUCAGCUCUUCAAAGGGAAGUUCUAUUACUGUGUGGGUUUGGAUGUGAAGAACAUCACCAAUAAAUCCGACUGUUUCUCUGCCAAUUACCGCUGGGUUCAUCACAAGUACAACUUUGACAACCUGGGGCAGGCUCUGAUGUCACUGUUUGUGUUAGCGUCUAAAGAUGGAUGGGUAAAUAUCAUGUACCACGGGCUGGAUGCUGUCGGGAUCGACCAGCAGCCCGUCAUCAAUAACAACCCCUGGAUGCUGCUGUACUUCAUCUCCUUCCUGCUGAUCGUCAGCUUCUUCGUCUUGAACAUGUUUGUCGGUGUAGUGGUGGAGAACUUCCACAAGUGCCGGCAGCAUCAGGAGGUGGAGGAGGCGCGGCGGAGGGAGGAGAAGCGGCUGAAGCGCCUGGAGAAGAGGAGGCGCAAGGCGCAGCGGCUGCCGUAUUACUCCUCGUAUGGUCGCGUUCGGCUGAUGAUUCACUCGUUCUGCACCAGUCAUUAUCUGGACCUCUUCAUCACCCUCAUCAUCUGCAUCAAUGUGGUCACCAUGAGCCUGGAGCACUACAACCAACCACAGUCGUUGGAGACGGCGCUGAAAUACUGCAACUACUUCUUCAGCUCCACGUUUGUGGUGGAGGCCAUGCUGAAGCUCAUCGCGUUCGGCGUCAGACGCUUCUUUAAGGACAGAUGGAAUCAGCUGGAUCUGGCCAUCGUUCUGCUGUCUGUGAUGGGAAUCACUCUGGAGGAGAUUGAAAUAAGCGCUUCGCUUCCCAUCAAUCCCACCAUCAUCCGCAUCAUGAGGGUCCUGCGCAUCGCCCGCGUUCUGAAGUUGUUGAAGAUGGCCACAGGAAUGAGAGCGCUGCUUGAUACCGUGGUGCAGGCGUUACCGCAGGUGGGGAAUCUGGGUUUGCUCUUUGUUCUGCUGUUCUUCAUCUACGCCGCGCUCGGAGUCGAGCUGUUUGGAGAACUGGUGUGUAAUGUUGAAUACCCGUGUGAAGGCAUGAGUCGUCACGCCACUUUUGAAAACUUCGGCAUGGCGUUCCUCACUCUCUUCCAGGUGUCUACAGGAGAUAACUGGAACGGCAUCAUGAAGGACACGCUGCGCGAGUGUCCGCCGGGAGACAGCUACUCGUGUAACUCCAGCCUGCAGAUCAUCUCGCCCAUGUACUUCGUCAGCUUCGUUCUGACGGCUCAGUUCGUCCUGAUUAACGUGGUGGUGGCCGUGCUGAUGAAGCACCUGGAUGACUCCAAUAAAGAGGCGCAGGAGGACGCGGAGAUGGACGCGGAGAUCGAGAUGGAGCUGGCGCAGGGCAGCCUGUGCUGUCUGGGCCGUCUGGACCGGCCGACAGGUGCCGAUGGGGGCGAGAAGCCGGCAGGAGGCUGCGGGAACAGACAGGCGGCGAUGGCUGCGGUUCACUCUAACACCAACACCAGCCAGAGCGGAUUCACACCACGCAGAAGCACACAGAACCAGAGACUCUACUCACCGGCACAGGAGAACCAGUGGCUGGAGAGUGUCUCUCUGCUGAUGAAGGACUCGCUGGAUGGAGAAAUGCAGAUGAUUGAUAAUCUAUCAGGAUCUGUGUUCCACCAUUACUGCUCUCCACCAAUCAGACGAGACGGCAGGAGCCAAUCAGGAGAGAUCCGGCUGGCGGAGGUCGAGCAAACGUCUCUGAUGUCGGAGCAGCUGUCAGAUAAAUCAUCAUCACCGGUGCUGCCUGAUGACAUCAGCCUGGACGAGCACAGCGACUACCAGCUGCAGGACAGGGACCGAAAGGAGCACGGCAGCGCUGACCUGAGCACAGGCGAGCUCGUGUGCAUGAGCGAGGCUUCCAGCCCAGGCCGAGACAGACGGGAUGUGCGGCGUGAGACGGGUCAUCGGCUCCGGUCUCCAGCUCACCGCGGAGAUGGCAGUGGAGGAGACGGCCAGAUGUCUUUACCUCUCUUUCAUCUCCCGGCUGAGUUCUUCCACCCCACCACCGCUGCGAUUCCCCAGGGCAGCCCAGCCACCGGAGCGGCCCCACCAGGCUCCAGACACACAUCUCCGGCCUCAUGGGCUUCUCUCAGGUCUCCAGGGGCCAACAGCAGGGUCAUGGGCUCUCAGACGUCCCACAGUAACUCCUCGCUGGCCACGGGCAGUUCGGUGAGCAGCCUGCAGACCAUGCUGGAGGAGGGCGUCUCCCCGUCAGGAGACCCUACGCUACCCUUGAUCUGCCGAACCCCCGUCCCUCCUCCAGAACUCAGCCAGAGAUCCCGCACUCCACAGACUCUGUUCAACCUCCAGGCCACCAGGGGGCGCCACAUGAAUCGGAGCAGAUACAGUGACUGCACAAACCCUAACUGGAUCCGAAAGGACCCCUCCGAUGAGGACACUGGAUCCGGGGUUAGGGCUGGAGGACCUAGUAAUCCAGAACAGUUAUCGGAUAAUCUGAGUAGCUUUUCUUUGACGUCUCUGCACCCGCCAGAUUCACUGGCGCCGCCGCUGGCCAAGAAGUGCAACAGCACUGGGAGUUUAGUACAGGGGAGCCUAGCGGUCCGGAAUAAAGAUGGGAGGUGCCUGUACGGAUUCAAUCCCUGGACUGAAGCAACAGGUGAGGAAACUGAGAGGGAUGCGUCCCCCGUUUGCGCCAAGACGUGCAGCCAGACUGUGGGUUCUGGCUGCCGUAAGAACAGAUGAAAUGCGCCGUUUGGUCCAGGUAUGGGACAGUGUUUGGUCUCUUCCGGUCUCUGAACUCGUCUCCAUGUUUAUCUCGAAUGACACAAACCUGUUUCCUGUUGUGCUACUGACCAGCUGAAGCUCACAACCAGAGCAACACAGUGUCUUUUCUUCUUCAGGGCAUUACACUGGAUGCCUCGGAGGAGAUGCAGUAGUCAAUGGAGUAGCGUAGAAUGUUCUGGAACUGAGUACAUUCAUUCAUAGGCAAAAACAGACUAAGAACCUCACCAGCCGGAGUGUGUAGCGAUCUUUAAGUGACACUGGGCGUGUAGCAUGACACGUUCAGUGCAGAAAGGUGCCGUACAAUGCUGCUUUCAUGUCAUGUCAAAAUUACUGCCAUUAUGAGUACUGUGGUUGAGAAAGUCAUUUUCUUCUAAAAGCAUCUUGAAACACUGUGGAGGAUAUGCCUUUUUUUUUUCUCUCAGAGAAAAUUGUUGGCAAAUUGUCUUGUUUAAAGCAUAAACUUGACUAAAUUUAGAUUGCAGUGUUUUCCCCAAGGAUGUUUUGAUGCUUGUACUGGGAAACGAGAGAAAAAAACUGAACAAGACAAGAAGUGCAUCUGAAAUCUGAUAGUGUCUAAGUACUACAUUUGAUGAGGAAUGUGUAUUUUCUUGUGUGGAUGUGGACGUACUUCAUGUUGUUAUGUGACCUAUGGCGUCAGUUGCAUUGCUUUAAGUCAAGUCACCUUUAUUUAUAUAGUGCUUUAUACAAUACUGAUUGUGUCAAAGCAGCUUUACAGUGUCAACAGGAAAACAGUUUGUCAGUAAUGCAAGAGGACAAUGACAAAGAUGUCAUCAUCCAGUUUAGCUCUCUUCCAGUAGUGUCUGUGCAAUCAGUCAAGCGUCCCAAACUGAGCAAGCCAAAGGCGACAGCGGCAAGGAACCAAAACUCCAUCUGUGACAGAAUGGAGAAAAAAAACCUUGGGAGAAACCAGGCUCAGUCGGGGCCCAGUUCACCUUUGGCCACAUGGUGUGGCUUUAGUGCCGUUCAAAAUUACUCUGCCGUGGCCUCAUGGGAUAGUAAAGUGACCACUAGCAGAAGGUCAUCCAGGUACUUUUUGCCUACUGUUUUAUGAAUUUUAACAUACUACUCAUUUCAGAUACUGUAUUACAAUAGGAAAUAGGCAUAUUCCGAUGCACUGGAUGGACUUUUUACAGGAAACCGGCAAAUUAUGAAAGCUCUGACUUAAAAACCAAAACUGGUCAUUUGCUGCAGCAGUGAUAUCAAAACCCAGAAGGUUAAUUCUCGAUUGAUGUUUCAUUUAAUACAGGACAGUUUAGAUGUCUGAAAAUUAGCUAAAGACACAAAUUAAACAUCUUUAAACUCAUUGUUGCUCUAGAAGCGUAUCAUUUCUGUGUCCGUGUUCAGAUAUCGUGCAGUAAUUCUGACGUGACGCGAGUGUGGCGUUAGAACGGCGUCUUUCGCUUCAUUUUUAUGUGGGAGGAUUGAGUUUUAGCAGCCGCCCACAGAUCAUUAGAGCUGCAGGGUGAGUUUAUAAAUGUGUGAUGGUAGUUAAGAAUAUUGACUUGACUGAGGAAACAUCUCAAGCCCAAACCACGACACGCACUGAAUGCUGGACUCUGCAGGAUGAUUGAGGAUCUUGUAUGGUUUGUUUUUGGAUGUUCUGUGUUUCUAGUAUAAUGAUGGUAGAAGCAGAAACAUGAGCUCUGAUCCUAAACCCAGUGAGCUGGCCAGCUAGACAACAAUGUUGCAGUUGGUCUGACCAUUUUUUAUCACGUUUUAUCACCCAGCGGAUUGGCAUAAGAUCCCAUAGCAUACACGUAGACCCAUUAAUAUACAUUUAUCAAAUCUUUAUUUUUUGAGGCGUUCGUGAGUUUUUGGAAAGAUUCAUGUAUUUUUGUGUCCAGGAUGUUGAGCUGUUAGCUUACUGUUGUGGAGUUUGUUUCAGCUCAUGAGUGUUUCAUUUCAAUCUUUAAUGUAAACAGCGAGGUCACUCACUAGGGUUUGGAUCGGAGCUGAUGUUUGUCUCUGGAAAUCAUGCAUGAGAGAUGAUGUCACUGUACUGUGAAGAUGGCAAAAAGUGUUGAUUUAUGUUUAAAGUACAGUAUAAUGUGAAAUUUGAUUCUUUUACUUGCAUAGUUUUACAUCUCUGUCUUCCACUUUGCAUUUUGUACAAAUGUCUCCCUAAAAACACAAUCAAAUGUGGUUCUGAGGCCCAAAACAUACUAUACAAAAGAACAUGAACACAAUCUCUUCUAGCUCUGCGUUACAUCCCAUCAUUCGUAUGCAUGCCAUGCAAGUUUGAGUCGCGAUUUGCUGCAAGCGUCACUCAAGCUGCCAUUGCUGUAAACUGUCUUCUUCGAUGGUCAGUUUUCUCUUUCAGAUAAGAAAUCUCAUGUUUAUGAUUUUUCAGUCACUUACAGACAUUUGAUGGAAACUCUAUCGCCCCCUUCAGUCCUGCAGUGUUCUUGCACUUGCAUCACUGGCAGCGUACCAUGUGUAGCGUAUGUUUCUGGCCUUUAAUGAGAUGCUGAAACGAAGGCAGAUCAGUGAAAUGAUUUUACUGAAUUUGUUUCUCAUUUGCACAGCUGAUUUGUUUGUAAAGGACUCUCAGUGCACAUUCAUUUGCAUGAUUGCAUCUAAAUUUAUGUAUACUUUAGUGUCCUUAUUCCAAAACUCCUGCUGUGAUCGAAUCAUUCUCACUGGAUCUACAGCGCUGAAAAACUAGGCAAAUCAGUCACAAAGUCAUUCGUUUCUCAGACUUAAAAAAAACAUUUGUAAGCCUUUUGAUGAUAUAUGAAAUAUAUAUUCACCUCCAAUAUUUAUGUAUUUGCUCUGAAACUCUUUUUACUGCCAUCUUUUCAACCAAACAUCAUUGUUGGUUGAAGAAGCUUUAGUUCAAAUAAUCAAGGCAUGUUUCCCACAUAAUUUUUCACUAAAUGAACACAAUAAUGAUAUUUAAUACAUGAAGUGAACAAUACAUAGCAAUACUGACAUAUAUAUAUUUACGGAAACAUGUUGAAGCACGUUAAAUGGCACAUGACUUCAGUGAACAUUUUUGAAUGACGCACCAUCUGAUUGUUUUGAAUCGAUUUAUUGUAAUGAACCAUUCAAAAGUGAUGCUGACGUGGUCUUUAUGAAACUUUAUGAGCAAAUAUACAGCAUCAAAAGAAUUUAAACCUUUGCAAUAUUCACUUUAUUUACCCUUAUCUCAGAGAUUUCCAUUUAGAUGAAACUGAAAUUUUGCUUUGGUUCUUCUGAAGUUCAGAGGAGUUUCAUGCGUUCCCCAUGUGCUGUAGCAUCUCAUCAUUCACAAUCCUAAUAAAGUGUCUGAACUGCUUUACUGAUGUCAGUGAAUCAGCAGAGUUUUGGUUAGCAUGGGUAGUUAAUCACAUCCUCUAGUUGUUUCCGUGCUUGAUUCGGUUCGUUGAUGUCUAUCAGAACAUCUUUCUGCUGUGAGGAAUCAUCUCUCGAGGCUGAUUUUAGGGUGAAUGGUUCGUUUAAGUUAAGUAACGAUGCCUCUCUUCAGAGGAGAUCUUAAUGAGCUGUCAGAGGAUCCUGCUCUUUGAAGUUCUCCGUGAGAUCUGUGAUUUCAGCACUCAUGAGUCCAAAACGCUGAUGCUGGGAUUGAGAAGAUCCCUCAGAUCAGAGCGGCUCCGCUGGAUUCACUUCAUGCCCAAAGUACCAAAAUCAAACGAUUAGAUUUAUAACUACUAAAUUAUCAAUGUCUAUUUACUCAU